AUGACCUUUGAUGUAUGGGCCGUAAUCGAUGCGGUUAUCACAGUUUACAAUCCGGAAGUCUCCAAUGAAAAACGUGUUGCUGCCUCACAGGUUAGUUUUUUUUAAUA